AAUUUCAGCGGGUGUUUUCACAGGGUGUGACGCUCGAGCGUAUUGAAGAUUUUAAACACUCGAGUUUAAUCAUUUUAGCUCUUUUAAUAUUUUUUUUUCCACAGUCUUUGUGGUAUUGACCUCUUUUGUCGGUCAUGUCUUUCUCAAGAGCUCCUUUAAAGAGGUUUAACGAGCAUGUCGGCUGUGCUCCUCCACCUGGUACAUAUGAGGUGAAGUCUGGUGAGCUGAAAGGAGCUGCAUCAUUUCAUAAAGCAGAGCGCUUCAGAACAGCUCCAAAAACAGAGGUACCCCUGCCGUCCCCCUCAAAAGAAGUACCCAUGUCUCCAGUUCGGAGGACCAUGUCUGUUGAUGGUUUGGCUGAUGCAUUUAGUUCCAAGAAGGACAAAAAUAGUUUCACACUUGAGAUGAAACAUCAGAGACUACUAGAGAAAGAGAUCCGUUCUUUGGUGCAGCAGAGAGGAGAGCAGGACCGCAGGCUGCUGACCCUGGAAGAAGAGCUGAAAAAGUUGGAGUCUAAAUUGCUUGUGGCUGUCAGAGAGAAGACAGGCCUCGCUGCCAAUGUGGCUUCUCUUGAGAGGCAGCUCGCAGAGUUAAAGAAAGCUAAUGAGUUCCUGAAGACCAAGGUCUCUGCAGACAUCACCAAGAAGAAGAUCAAUGCUCUUUCCAUGGAGCUCAUAGAGGCCAAAAAUAAACUGGAUGCCAAAGACAAGGAGCUGAGCUUCCUUCAGAUCAGCUCAGAGGGGAAAGUAAAGGUCUUGGAAACGGAUCUGGAGACUGCCAGGACAACUUUUAGAGUUCUUCAGGAAAGGAACAAAGAUCUUGAGGAACUUCAUCAGGAGACAAGAGUCCAAAAUGAGCAGCUCGAGAAUGAAAUGGAUAAAUUGCACAGCAUAAUCCAGGAGCUGAGAGAGGAAAUCAAAGCCCUGCAGAGUUACUUGGACUCAGCAAAUGACGAGAUUCAGGAUUUGCGGAUUAAGCUCCAGGACAAAUCCACCGUGGAGUGCCGGUUCUCUGAUGCUCAAGAGAACCUCAGUGAUGUGGAGAAAAAGCUGGAGAAAUGUACCAGUGAGCUGCAGGACUGUCAGGGGGUGCUGAGAGUAAAGGAAGAGGAGCUGCAGAGAUCUCAGCAGGAGCUGCAGGACUCCCAGAAGGGUCUAGAAGAGAAGGAGAGGGAGAUGGAGCAGCAUGUGCAGGAUCUCCAGGCCUCGCAGGCCUCACUAAAAGAGUUGGAGCAACAGAUGCAGCGGGGAGCUCAGGAUCUUGAGGAGUCCCGGAGCAUGGUACGGCUGCAGGAGCAGGAGCUGGCCCGCGUGAAGGAGAUCUUGAGGAGAACCGAGGAAGAGCUGGAUCAGCGUGUGUCACUUAUGGGCGAACGAUGCUUGGUGCUGGAAGACGAAAGAGCCAGGACACAGGAGGAGGGUCUGAGACGGGUACAAGAGUUGAAGGCAGAAAUCAGCUCAUUGGAGGGGAGUAGGAAGACUGAGAAAGAAACAUACGAAAAUCUGAAGGAGGAACACAAUGCACUGACCAAACAGCUGGAAGAGGAAAAGACUCACAGCGGCUCCCUGGCUAGCAUGCUUGAGCGCCUGAGAGAUGAGGCUGAGGCGGAGAGGAGACAGCUUGGCGAGGAGCUGGAGGACGCGCUCGAGGAGCUGUCAGAGCUGGAGAAGCAGGAGCAAUGCAGUGAGGAGGCCAUCCAGCACCUCACGCAGAAGAACCACACACUGGAACAAGAGCUGAAGAACACUUGCGCCGAGUUAGAAAAGAAGUGUGCUGAGAUGCAGGCUUUAGAAGAGGCUCAUGUGAUGAAAAUCAAAAAACUAGAAGAGGAUCACAGCAGCUGUCUUGCUACGCUGGGAGACGUGACUACUGACUUUGAGAGGAUGCUUUUGGAAGUUCAGACUAAGCUGGCUCAGAGAGAGGAAGAGUUGAAGGAAGCAGCAAAGACUCGGAGUGAGGAGCUGAGACACCUGCAGGCGGAGGUGGAGCGGGAGAGUGGAGAGCGAGAGCGAGCUCAGACCCAGCUGGAGAGGGAACAGAAGAGGAGGCAGUCAGUGGAGGGCCGUUCUGCAGAAGCCAGCAGGCUGCGGGGCCAUGUGGAGGAACUGGAAGACAAGGUUUCUGAGCUGAACAGGCAGGUGCAGGAGGAAAGAGACGCCGCUCAGCGUCACGCUUUGGAGUGGCAGCAGGAGAGACGACAGCUAUGUAGACAGAUGGAAGAGGAAAGACAAGACUACCACAAACAACUAGCAGAGGCUCAGCUGCAGAGCACGUCUGAUGCUGAGACUGAACACUGGAGACACUUCUAUGAAGAGCUCUAUGCUAAAGUAAAACCAUUUCAGGAACAGCUGGACCGCUUUGCGGCAGAGAGGAACGCUUUGUUGAAUGAGAAAGGAGCCACGCAGGCAGAGUUGAACAAGUUAGCCGAUGCCUACACCAAUCUGAUGGGUCAUCAAAACCAGAAACAGAAGAUCAAACACAUGGUCAAACUAAAAGAGGAGAACUUGGAACUCAAACAAGAAGUGUCCAAGCUAAAGGCACAGGUUGGGAAACAGAAGCAAGAGCUGGAUCGGAUCAAAUCCACUCAGGUGCCGCGGCGAUUCGACCCCAGCAAGGCUUUCAAACACGAGCUCAAAGAAAAUCAGCAGCCCACCUCAGCUCUUACACAAGGUAACUAA